AUGGAUACCACCCUGAGAAUAACCAAUAGCUCAGGGUUUCAGGUGUCCGAGUUCGUCCUGCUGGGGCUCCCGGGCAUUCACGAGUGGCAGCACUGGCUCUCCCUGCCGCUGGCCCUGAUCUACCUCAUCGCUCUUGGUGCCAAUCUCCUCAUCUUGAUCACAGUCCAACAUGAGCCUAUGCUGCACCAGCCCAUGUACCAAUUCCUUAGCAUCUUGGCUGUGGUGGAUAUUGGUCUGGCUACCACCAUCAUGCCCAAGGUCCUGGCCAUCUUCUGGUUUAACGCCAAGACCAUCAGUCUCCCUGAGUGCUUCACGCAGAUGUAUGCCAUCAAUGCUUUCAUGGGCAUGGAGUCAGGCGUCUUCCUCUGCAUGGCUGUGGACAGAUAUGUAGCCAUCUGCCAUCCGCUUCGGUACCCCUCCGUAGUCACUGGAGCGUUUGUGGUCAAAGCCACAUUGUCCAUGAUACUCAGGAAUGGCCUGUUGACCCUCCCAGUGCCCGUGCUGGCGGCUCGGAGACACUACUGCUCCCGGAACGAGAUCGACCACUGCCUGUGCUCUAACUUGGGGGUCACCCGUCUAGCCUGUGAUGACAUCGCUAUUAAUAGGUUUUACCAUUUGGCUUUGGCCUGGAUUAUGGUUGGGAGUGACAUGGCUUUGGUCUUUGCUUCCUAUGCUUGGAUUAUCCGCUCCGUGCUGAGGCUGAACUCUGCGGAAGCAGCAUCUAAGGCCCUGAGCACCUGCAGCUCCCAUCUCACCCUCAUUCUCUUUUUCUACACAGCCAUCGUUGUGGUAUCGGUCACCCAUCUGGCAGGAAGAAAGUUUCCCCUCAUCCCCGUUCUCCUCAACGUGCUGCACAGUGUCAUCCCCCCAGCCCUUAACCCCAUGGUGUAUGCGCUGAGGACCCAGGAACUGAGAAUGGGCUUCCAGAAGGUGCUUGGGUUGGCUGGGAAUGUGGCUAGGAAAUAA